AUGAUAUGCCGGGACAGUCAUCCUUACAGUAUGGUAGAAGAAACAGGUUUUAAAAAUUUAAUGAAGACUGUGGCUCUUUUAUACAAAGUUCCAUGCCGUAAAACUAUCACAAAUCUCAUUGUCACUAAAUAUGAAGAAAAAAAAAUCAUAAUCAAAGAAAAAUUACGGUCUGUUAAAAACGUGUGUCUCACAUUAGAAGAAUGGAAGGAUAUGCAAUUAAGAGGUUUCUUAGGUGUGUCUGUAUAUUUUAUAGAGAACUAUAAAAUGAAAACAAUAAAUAUUGCGUGUGAGCCACUGCAUGAUAAUCAUACAGGGGAAUACUUGUCGGAGGUAAUUCUUAAAGUUUGUGAAAAUUGGGGAUUAUCUCAUGAAAAAAUUGUGAGUGUUACUACAGAUAAUGGUAGUAACAUAGUUAAAGCUAUUGAAAUUACUUUUGGACGAGCAAAACAUGUUCGAUGCUUAGCACAUACAUUAAAUCUAGUAGUCGAAAAUGCUGUGAAUUCUUCGGAGGUUAAACUUUUUUUGGAUAAAGUCCGAAAGAUCGUAACUUGGUUCCACCAAAGUGGUGUAGGUGCUGAAGAGUUGCGACAGAUACAAAUGCAGCAAGGUGUUCCUGAAGGAAAAUUAAAGCAUUUAAUCGGAGACGUAUCUACAAGAUGGAAUUCACAAUUAUUUAUGAUUGAACGUUUUGUGUCAAUGAGGAGUACAAUUGGAUCUAUUUUGAUAAAUCAUCCAAAUGCACCCCAAAUGCUUCAAGCAAAUGAAAUUGUUGUCUUAAAAGAAAUUGGAAAAGUUUUAAAGCCUUUUCACAAUGUUACUGAAGAAAUGAGCGCUGAGAAAUAUGUGACAGCUAGCAAAGCUAUACCUAUAAUCAAAUGUUUAAGAGCAUUGUUAGAUGCAAUACCGACAACCAGUGAUUUAGCAAACCAAUUAAAAUAUUCACUACAGACUGAAUUAAAUAAAAGAUUUGAAAACAUCCAAAAAGUUCACCUUUUCUCGGUCGCAACGUUUUUGGAUCCUCGAUUUAAAAAAAUUCAGUUAGAUGAGGUAUUGUCUUUGUCAAAAACAAUUAAUUAUACCAACCGACGUUUGAGUAUAAAUACUAGAACCGAUGAUACUCUAGCAGUAACCCAUUCUGAAUCUUCUGUUUCAUCAGAAGUGGUCGACGACGGACAAGAUAUAUGGCAGGUACACCAUGAAAAAAUAAUGGCUGCUAAUACGUCCAUGAGCAAAAAUACAGAAUUAGAUUUAUAUAUUGCAGCACCAUUAUCAAAUCUUAAAAUUGACCCUCUCGAUGUAUGGAGAAGCUCUGAGGGAACUUUUCCAAAGUUAACUGAAUUAGCUCUUAGUUAUGGCCACUUCUGCACCAGCUGAAAGGUUAUUUUCGAAAGCAGGAAAUAUUGUCAGGAAA